CCAGUCUCCACACUCGCUCGCUCUUUCAUCUUCUCUCAAGUUCCUUCCGAGCAAUCCUUCCUUCAUCGUCGCGUUUAGAUAAUCGCUGAAAAUGGAAGAGGAAGCAGGAAACGGAGGAUCUCGGAAACGCAUGAAGUCUUCUGAUGAAGAGGAGAAAGGAGGUUCGAGAGAUGGAAUGAGCCUUGAUGCAACUGAGAACGAAGAAACUGAGACGAAACUUGUUGCUUCUGAUGAGAUGGAACUUCACAUUGCUCAAAUCCUCGAUAAGAUUGAGAGCUUCACUCAGACUGUUUCUAAUCUGCUUGACACAGGGAAGACAAUGUUCAAGGAACUCAGUAACGAAUUCGAGGAGCGCUUGAUCAUGAUACACAAGGAGUAUGUUGAGAAAUGGCAGGAGGAGAUCAAGGAAUUGCGUUUGCUUGAUGCGUCAAACGAGGAGACUACUUCCCUCUUACACAACGCUCGCUUCCUGAUUCAGAAUCCUAACAUUGAGCCUUGAGGUAAGGUAACCAUCUAAACCCACAAAGGAAGUAGUACUAUCACCCAUAUACUAAGAACAUAUUACGUAUCGCCUUAGACCAACAUAUGUACAUGUGGUUGGUUGGAAAUUUAGAUAAUUGCAACGAUUUAAAAGCUAUACCAUUUCCUGAAGGAACACAUAGAACAAUCUUGUCAUAAACCUUCUCAAAUAAAGCCAGAAUCGUGUUGUUUUUUA